UUCUUCGUUGCAACGAAGUCGACGUGAAUGGAGCUAAAGCUGUUGGCGAUCACACUUUUAGAAUCAAUUUAGGUUCUGGUGGAUGUCGGCAAUGGGUGCACAAUGCUGCAGAGUCAGAAUUGUUCGACAGUUCUCCUUGUGGCACUGAGAGGCUGAAGGCUGGCAAGAAUGGUCCUGGCUUCAAAGUUAAGGUCUGCGAGCUCUAAAUUGACCACCAGUUUGAGCUCAUUGCUGUCGAGCAAUUCAGACUGGACCAGCCAGGUUGCAGCAACCCCUGACCUCUAUCCACCUUUCGAAGAGCACGUCUCGGUUGAGAUCUCCAGAUUGCAAGUCCCCAGCCAGCAGAAGGUGCGGACAAAUGAUGCCAAUCCUGAGUUGGAGACGCACUACGUUCUCGUCGUACAUGGGACGUUUGUGAAGAGCAACGAGCCAGGAAAAGUCAAAUGGCACCAUCCUGAUCCUACCGGAGAGCAAAACAACUUCUGCGGAAGGCUUGCUGCUUUACUGGCUGAAGGGCCGCUUGGGUCGGAAUGUGUAUGGAGAGCACUCCCUGGAGCGAAGGCCCCAAGCGAAGUGACAUAUCCUUUCUACUGGGAUGCGAGUAACACGGACCAGGGCCGCCAGCAAGGUGGUCAGAACCUGGCCAAGCUGAUCAAACAUAUUGGGAAGGUUGAUCCCUCUGCCAGGGUGCACAUCAUCGCGCACUCUCAUGGGGGCAAUGUGGCCCUCAAGGCCAUUGAGCAGUACAUUCGGAAGCUGGAGCCAGAGUCCACGAUGCGGCACUGGCCGACGGCGAUCCGCGAGCAGUUUGAGGAGGAGCACAGGGAGCAGGUUGCGCAUCUCAGAAAGUGGCGGCGCGUGGAAGGGGUCUCUUGCUGUGGGGCGCUCAACCCGUUUCUGGUCGUCUGGAGGGGCGCGAACGGAGAGAAGCACACUACCGAGCAGUUCGCGUGGGGCUAUUACCACUGGUGGGAUUGGUGCCUCGGGCUUGGACGGAGGAGGAAGCGGAAGUAUCUGAGCCGCAGGCGCAUGAUCAGCCCGAUCAGCAACGUCCUGGGCAAGGUCGUCUUCCUAGGCACUCCCUUCUACUACAAGCACUGGGCCAAGCGCGCGCGCUUCAAGCUCACCGUCUCGCUCACGUUCUCCUUCCUCCUCGGUUACCUCAUCACGUUCACCGCGACCAGCAUCUGGGUCGGGCUCUUCCAGACAGACCACUACAGCCUCGGGCUCGUGAGCUGGAUCUCGGGAGUUAUUGCGAUCUUCCUGUUUGUGGCGCAUCUCGCGUCGUGGGCGGAGCGCACGUUGCUGCGGAGCGGUAACAUGUACCACUCGGAUAAGGUACCCUGGUCGCCUGCGAUGCACGCCCUCGUGGUCCAAGCCGGCAAGCUUGACGAAGCCGCCCUGGCCCUCUGCACCGAACCCGCCGCGCGCGCUUACCUCCUCCCCCUGGUCAAGCGUGCCACGUCUUCACUAGGCUGGGUGCCCUUCCCUCGGUUUCCCCGCCGCGGCGCACGCCUCAGCAAAUGGGCGCUCUUCUUUCUGAUCGUCUUGCGCUCGCUGCUGAUCAACGCGCUCGAUCUCAUUCCGCGGACGAUUCUCUGGGGGGUGGGGAAGCUGGUUGUGAUCCACACGUUUGGCACGCUCCGGAAGAUCCUCGUCGGCGCGGCGUUCGGGCUCGACACGGAGAACCUCAACAAGGCGAGCGUGUAUGCGGCGGAGAAGCUGACGCUCGGGGGAUCCUUCCGGGACAUCCACACGUGGGACGUCCGGCGGAUCUUAGCGGAGGCGGAAGAACUGUCUUGCGGAUGGAAGAGUAGCUUCUCGACCUCUGCGUUCGUGACGGGAUCGAGGGGAUCCCCUUCCUCUACGGCUUUCACCGGAAGUAGUAACGACGGCGGGGGGGGUUUCAAAGUCGAGUCGUUGCCCAGGGGGGGACGAUUGCAGCCGGAAAUGUUCGAAGAGAACUCGGUCGAUGGUGAGAGCCACGCCUGCGUUGGAAAUGGUUGCAAUCAUGGCAUCGGCGGUACGAGCGGAGCGGGGAUGCCGACUGACGUGGUCGGCAGCCGCAAUGAUGUGCGGCUGUCUUCCGGGGGGUUCGAGAGCAGGUAUGCGUUUUUGUGGGACGAGGAGAAAUUGAUGGAGCUCUCCGAUAGUUCGUGGAUGUUCAACAAGUUGAAGAAGCAGUUGCGCAAAGUGGACCACAGUCCGUUCAUCUCGGACGCCGAGUUCGAGCGCGAACUCCGGAGUAUCUGCUGUGUGUUCGAGCAGAGAUUGUCGGAAGUCCGAGGCCACUUUCAGCUGGCUCAUUCGACGUAUUAUAAGAAUACGGCCAUUAUUGAGGCGGUCGUUGGUUUUCUUGAACGGCUCGAUUUGCCGAAGUAAGCGUGUAAAUUAGGAUAUCAGAGUUGUAUAAUAGAGCUGCGGGGGAGCAAGCGGCGUUACUUAAAUAAAGUUUUCAACAGAUAUGCUCUAACAUAGAUUGACUUCCUGCACCUCACGUGAAUACCGCCGGUGAGGACUGGUUGCCCGGGAAACUGAAGUGAUUGUGGGGCAACUUAACACGAGAUACUCAGCUAGAGAUUAGUCAGAGUCAUAUGCCGUGCCUUUCGAAGUACGUUCGCCUCUUUACAAAUUGCCAGCAACGCCCGCACGCUUAAAAUAGAUUGUUAACUUAUUAGUAUCAAUACAAGUUGGUUAGUCGAUUUUUUUUUGCGAAGCUCAAUACUUGUCCAGGCUACCUGUCCGAAGCUGCACCGCAUGCUUUACUACGUGCUAGUGGUUGCCAUUCCCAG